AUGAUGCAGGCAGGUACCCCUGAUAACGAAAACUUGACUCUCUGCUCCCCACGCCCAUCGACAGGACUUGACCCAAAUAAGGCAGUCAUAACGAGAUCGGCCAAACCGGAUUACUGCCCUCCAAAUCACGUCCUUAUCAAAGUUGAUAGGUUUGGGUUCUCGGCGAACAACAUCACAUACCAGUCGUUAGGUGAACACCCCCACUUCCGUUAUUUUGACUUCCAUCCCGCACCAGAAGCCGAAGGCGUUUCUCAGAAGUCCCAUGGCCUUAUUCCCGUGUGGGGCUUUGGAACGGUUGUGACCUCUACACAUCCAAAAAUACGCGAAGGGGAGCGUGUGUAUGGCUAUCUUGCCCCCACUCGAUACCUCUUGGUUCCAGUAUCACCCUCUGAUGUAAACAAGCAUGCGUUCUACGUCCCCCGCCCGCAUCUGCCUGCCGACCGUCGCCCGUAUAACCAGCUCCUUCGUUGCGAGACUGACCCGCAGUAUACGCCCACUCCAUACGCAGAGGACCUUACCAUGCUUUACCGUCCGCUUUUCUGGACAUCGUACUGGUGCGAGGACUGGCUACAUGCCUCAGAAUACCGUGGUGGCGUUGAUUCCAUUCUCAUUUCCUCUGCAUCCUCGAAAACGGCUUUUUGCCUCGCCUACCUCAUCAAAAAACGCAUCUCCCGCAGCGAGCUGAAUACCACCGUGAAGAUUAUUGGAUUGACGUCAAAACGUAACGUUGGGUUCACCCAACGGUUAAAUUUGUACGAUGAGGUGCUUGAUUACGAUUCCUUCACUGCCUCCCAGGCAAUGUCGCAAGGGAAGGAUCGCAGAUGGAUUUACGCCGACGUGGCUGGAAACGAUGAUCUCAACAAACGUAUCUGUGCCCACUUCGCAUCGCCUUAUGCCGGGAGGCUGGUUGCAUGCAUUUCCUUGGGGAUGACGAACUUGACUCCUUCGUCUGAGUCUCCCAUAGAUUGGAAGAAGAACUCUUUUGAUUCCUCGGUCUCUUCCGGGGAUCUGACUGCUCCAACCUCGAACUUCUGGCCACAGUUUGAACAAUUUUUUAUGGUUGAAUGGUUGAAUGUUCGCAGACACCAACUGCCCAUCGAUGAGAUCUUCACGCGGCAGAAUCAAGCGUGGAAGGAACUAUUGGCGGAUUGCGCUGACUGGGUCCAGCUAGAACGUGUCAAUGGGGCGGUGGCGGUGAAGUCAGCCUACAACCGACUCGCGAAAGAGGGCUUGGGACCUGACAAAGGGCUGAUCUGGAGCAUGUGGGACGAAGAGAGGACGUGGAAUCUUUCAAGAUUGUGA